GAACUAUUUACAGUGUCACUUGAAGAUUCCUACAGUUCACACCCGUUCAUAACAGAAAACAACCAUGUAUGAAGGUCCUAAGUACAACAAGAAUUUUCUUUACCCUUAUACACUAGACCAGCCGUCCUCUGGUUCAAAUCCGCCCACGAACAACACACUCCGUGCCUCUUCUCCCACCGUUAAUGAUCCAGCUCCUCAGUGUAAUCAAAAAUUUCCCCGUCCAUCCAUGAACAGACAACGCUCCGGUGCAUACUCAUCUAGUUCCACCUCCUCUACCUAUGCUUCUGCUUCUGCUUUUAUUGGGAAUUCCGCAGCUGAAUGCGUCCUUCAAGCAACAACUUAUCCCAGCCCUAUUCAGCAAACAAGACACCGUGCAUCCCGCCCUUCAUUGAGACGCUCCCAGAACUCAUGUUCUUCAGACACAUGCUCUCAAAUAUUCUUACUCCCCUCUCUCAAGCCCUUCGACGCACUACGUACUCAGCAAUGGCUCUCUCAAUUGCGGUGUGAUAUUCCAAUGAGAUCCAGCAUCCGAGAUGUAGACAGUGACUCGGGCGGCAGCAACUUAUCGAUUUCGGGAUCGGGUUUCCCGGCGCCAACAUCAGUGAGUAGCUCUUCUCGUAUUAGAAGACGUCGUGGAGCAGAUGGGUUGUACGAGUUAGAGUAUGACAGACCGAAGAUAAGAGCCAGGGAAGCUCGCAAAAAGGAGAUCGCAGAAAGACAGACAGCUGACAGACAAACAUUCGACAGGGAGAAAGGAAAAAGAAAGACACCGGAGUACUGGAACGAAUGGCAGGCUAAAGAGGAAAAUGGAGGCUGGGUGUGAGAAAUGGUGCCUUCGGUGGAUUUCCCGAAUCAAGGAAUUUUCUUAUGUUUUCGGGCCUUUGAGUUAUCAUGGUUGUACUUAUACUCUGAAAUAGAUAACAAAUUACGUGGUAGAUGUAUGAUACUACAAUGAUUUUACCUUUUAAUCAAAAAGACAGUAUGGUGAUUUGAGUGAUCAAAUUAGUCAACACUUGAAAAAUUUGCGUAUAAAUAUCUUGUGCCAUACAAUUUUUCGGUAUCAUGACUCCAAAUAUUGUGAAUUUUGAAUGAAAAAUUUCACUACUAACCUCUCCUUGUCAUCCACCUCUCACAAAACUCAAAGUUCACUUUCCUCUUCAAAUUGUUCGGCUCCAUCAUCUUCAAGUCCCUGACCAGAAAGUCAGUAGAAGAAAGAAACGUGUACAGAUUCGAUAGAGCAAUUUGCACGCCCA